UAUUGCAUCUUCAGACUGAUGUAGCAGGUGCCACCUUUAUGGCAGCCGGCAGCUCCGCUCCAGAACUGGCAACAGCAAUCAUCGGAGUCUUCGUGGCAAAGGAUGACGUUGGCCUAAGUACAGUGGUUGGUUCUGCCAUUUACAAUGUCAUGUUUGUCAUCAGUGUUUGCGGAUUUGCUGCUGGAACGGUUGUUCAACUCUGUUGGUGGCCUCUGACUAGAGACUGUAUAGCCUAUCUUGUGAGCAUUGGUGCACUUAUCUUUGUCAUUGCUGAUGAAGUUAUUACUUGGUAUGAGUCUAUAAUCUUUCUGGUGCUGUAUGGCCUGUACAUAUUUUUCAUGUUUUUUAAUCAACGACUGGAAAGAAGGCUGGUGCCAAUGUUCUCGUGUUGCCCAAAAGAAUCCUCGUCUGUUCCAGAUCAAGUGAUUGUUCAUUAUGAGAAAAUGUCAGAGGGUGACACUCCAGAUGGCCCAAAUGAGACAACAUUAGUUUUGCCGAAGCAUUCCCACACAGGCAGUACAAUAUCCAUUGACUCUGCUGAAUCUACCACAGAAAUCCACAAAAAAGUUCCAGAUGAGGCAGUAUGGCACAGACCACCAUCAGGCCGCUGGUCUUGUGCCUUGUGGUGCAUCUCAUUACCCAUUUGUUUCCUUCUAUACUUCAGUGUGCCAGACUGUAGGCUGGAUCGGUUCAGAAAGUGGUUUUGGGUCACAUUUUUCAUGUCCUUGGUCUGGCUGUCAGUGUUUUCAUUCCUAAUGGUUUGGAUGAUUACCAUUAUUGGUGACCUGACUUUUGUUGCAUUUGGGGUUAGCCUUCCUGAUGUUGUUGCAAGUGUGUUGGUCAUCAAAGAUGGUCUUGCUGACAUGGCUGUAUCAAAUGCAGUUGGAAGUAAUGUGUUUGACAUCCUGGUAUGUUUGGGUAUCCCAUGGUUCAUACAAACAUGUAUUAUGAAACCUGGCAGUGAGGUGCAAGUAUACAGUGAAGGAUUGCUGUAUUCAUCCAUCAUGCUGCUGUCGACUGUUGCCCUGCUUCUGUCUUUAAUUCACCUCAACAAAUGGACCUUGGACAAACGCAUCAGCAUUGCCUUCCUGGUGAUCUAUGUUGCCUACACAGUACUGGCAUCACUUUAUGAGAUGAAUAUAUUUGGUUAUUUCCAUCCAGAGGAGUGUCCCAGUGACUACUGA